AUGCCCGGCGUCAUCAUGGACAAUGUCAACACCGAGGGAUUUGUGCAAAGGCCGGCUCCCAAUGAGACAGUGAAUGGUGUAUCUGGCUCAUAUGGGAAUUAUGAGAAGUCCGGCCAACAUCCUGCUGCUACGAACGGGCCGGUCCUGGUAAAUGGCGCAGGAAGGGGACUCGAUGCUUUGAGCCAACAAUCAAAGAUGCCCAUCCGUAAUGCUGGAGAUAAUGACUCAACGCCAUUCGAACUGCCUCAUAUCACGCAAGGGUUUUUCCCGUUCGGCACCCUUAUCAAUCGAGCUGUGCAGCAAUGUUGGAACGAUCUGUCGGAGUUAAUCACUGAGUUGGCCGCAAUCCAAGUGCCUCAUGAGCCAUCCUCUGCGUUGACAAAUGGGAAAACCCCCGGCAAUCAGUCUUCGGAAAAUGUGCACAAGAAGCUGCGCAUUCUUGAUUUCGCGUAUGCCAAAAGGGCCGAGUUCAUCAAGCUUCUGGUUCUCUCUCAGUGGAGCCGGCAGGCUGCGGAAGUCAGCCGACUUAUUGAUAUUCAAAACUUCAUACGUACGCGACAUCAAGCAUAUAUCUCAGCGGUCCAAUAUGUGGGUGAAAUGAAGCGAGAUCUGGUCCGAGCGCAAGUCGCCAACCCAGAUCUAAAAACGGCUCUAGAGAUUCUCUCGAGGGGCCGGGUUAGAUCUCUACCAGAUUUUGGCUACAAGCCCCCAAAACCAUUGACAGCCAAAUCUACGCUCAAAAAAUUGCGCAAGAUCAAUCGCAUCAUCAGCGUGCGAUUAGCGGUAUACGACGAAGUACCUCAUGCCUUGCGCAAUUACCGAAUUCACGAUGGCCGGGUUACAUUUACAGUUCCUGGGGAAUUCGAGCUUGAUCUUGCUGUGGCAGAGCAAACGAAUACUUCACAGUUUUUCUUCGUGGAUAUUCGAUUCCUUUUCUCCCCUUCAUCUAAAAUUCCGAAAGGCCGAAUCUUCAACGAGCUUGAUGCCAAGGUCAACGAGAUUCUUCACAACGACGGCUUAUCGGGAUGCUUCGACUUCCUCCACGGCCUGGUCCUCACGAAUAAAAUAAGUACCUUGCAUCGACAGGCUGUGGACCUUGCAAGAGGUGCUUGGUCGGAUUCUUUGCGUAUUGAGUUGCUUCAUCGGAUAUUGGUCAUUCAGUAUUGGUCAUCCAGGGCCGGUCCCAAAAGCUGGAUAGAGAUCGGUGUUCAACGAGGCUCCCGGAAUUGUGCCAAUGGAAACAAGAACCAGGUUCCAUAUCUCGGUCUUCGCUGGGUUCGAGACGGCCAAAGGGUUAACAGCGAUAACAUCAGUUUUGACUCGACUGUGCUCUCGCUUGAGCAGGUUCUACGGAGCGUUAUCGCAUUACAUACAUCACACCUACUCGCCACCGCUUUCAACACUCUCAAAAAGAGUUUACUUUUCGCUAGUCAUACAUUAUCACUCCGUGCUCAGUUAUCAAAAACAGAGCCAAGCGACUGCCACCUUGACAUGCAAUUGACAGCCUCACGGGAUCUCAGAAUUUCCGCUGAGCCUUUGUCAGGUGCAAUUACCCUGUCUGGUCCAUCCAGUGCCCUGGAGCGACCAGACCUUGAGCGACAGCACAAGUCUGCGAUUGAUGAAAUGCUCUCACGGGUUACUCGCCUGAGAUGUCACACUGCAGUGAACCAGAUCGAAUUAGGCAUCAAGCCGCUCGGUCUUGAAAGCAUUAACCAGAGAGGCCUCGGAGUCAACGUCAGCCGUCUUUUCCCUCCAAACACCUUGCGCUCUGCCUUCUUCAGUCACCAGUCAUGGGAUCGCCGCUGGGUCGUUGCUGCGACAAGUAGCAUGGAUGGCGAUAAAUGGUGGCUAGUUCAUAUCCUUGUUCGACCAACAGACGCGACGCGAAUAUUGGCAAUUUAUGCCAACGCCCGGUGCUUGGCUGACCUGCCAGGGGCGCUGUUCCAUCCACCAUUGAAACAACUGCGAUUAGGGCCGAAGCUCGAAGUUCCAGACCUCGUGUUCAGCUAUAAGGCCAACGCUAUCCCAGCCGUCUUCCGACUUGCCUUGCCUCCAGCGUUGCAAAAAGGAUCCUACUUGCGAGAUUCGGUCCGCCUUUCUUUCAAGGGAAUCGAUCGCCAGACUCACUCGGCCAUUUUGGUUGCCUACGGUUCUUUCCGAUUCUGCAUCAGAUCCCUCCUCCCUCUUAUCUCUAGCACAGAUCCAUCGCUCGUCGUACAAGACAAGGGAUCCGGUUUCGCAAUCCGUUUGCUUGUCCCUGUUGGCCAAGCUGUGCUUAUUCCUCUUCUUGAGCGUCUUCAACGUCUGGACUGCGUCAUCUAUAUACUCCAGUCUCUCCUCCAGAGGAAAAUGGAGCCUCGGUCAUUGUCGCUAUCACAGAUCGCAUUCAAAUAUGGAGAAACCAAACUCCACUCUGCCCGCCUCAGUAUCGAUGUUUCAGAGCCGCCGCUAUCGUCCUAUACUGAGGUCAAAGCUGUUCUAUCAAACUCCAACCCGCUCUUCCGCCUACGCUUGAGGAUAGACUUCGACAGUCCCAGCCCCCAUCGUCGUAUUCAAGAAUCACUCACUGUGGCUUUGAAUGAGCGAUUCUCCGAAUCAGGCGUCGAGUCUGCCCUUGCCUCUAUAGCCGAAACGUUCCCGCUCUUACAUAGCCUGGAGCAAAUCACCAAACCGGUCCAGCCAACGUCGUCAGUUAUACACAUCAUUGUCCGAAGCCCAACGGUUUUCCAAAUCCACUAUGCUCAGAAAGCCCGUUUCCGAUUAUCUGCUCGGCCGAGGCAAGGGCGUACUGUGUGGGUACUGGAAGAUUUCAAAAGUGGCGUUGGUCAAGCUCAGGCUCAGGCUCAAGGCCAGAGCCAAAUUUUUACCUCGGUGCGCGAACAGGUUUACAAUUCCAAGGGUGAUGGCUGGCAAGGUCUAGGUGAUGGUGCUCUAUCUUCCACGGAAAAGGUGGGAAAUCUCCUUGCCAAGUUACAUGAAUGCCUCAGCUCCUGUGCUCCUGAGCCCAUCCCCGAGCCCACGAAACAAGAAAAAGCGCAACAAUUCGGCACUGUGGCUCAGUCCCAACCACCACCAGGUCCAGCGCCCGUGCAAGCGCAAGCGCCAGUGACAUCCGCCCCGAAACAGAAAACGAAACCUGACUUGAACUUGAAUUUGAGCAACCUGAAGGCACAGCCACAGGUACAGGCACCACCGCAGCAGCAGCAGCAGCAGAAUAAUGGCGCUCCGGGAAAUGCCGAUAUCAUCACAAUCGACUAG